AUGGAAGAAGAUCCAGCAAGCCAGAGGAUACCCUUAAAGUUUUCUGAAUACGAAGAAGAGCCAGAGUUUUUACUUCUUGAGCUAGACAAGGAACUACAAAAUAUAAUAGAACAAAAUCCAGAUGAACAAGUAGUUUUGAAAGCAGGGUCAGACUCGAAAUCCUCGGUUUUGUGCACGAGUAAUAGUACAUAUUCUGUUCGCCAAUUAAUUCAAUCCAACUCAUUAUUGCUCUUUCAGUCCUCUCAUCCCUCGGAAUGGACUUUGCAAGAUUCAAAACAUAGCUACUUGGAACUUGAACAGAUUUAUGGGUCCAUCAUAAUUGAAGACAAAAUUUCCUAUUGGGAUGAAGAUGCUUUUGAGAAGAUUCCUUCAUCGAUAUCCUUCCAAGAAUUUAUUUGUCAAGUACCAGCUAGUGAAAACGAAAUAAAAUCCUUUUUAGGAUCAAAUUUUAUUAUGAAGAAAGAUAAUACUCUUUACAGGAUGUCCCCUUCUUAUAUCAUGACACUCAUGGAUUGGAUAUUCGCGGUAAUCCACCAACUUCGUGCCGACUUCUCCACUAUCAAUGUUGAAAAGUUCAAAGAAUUAGCUAGGGCAGAUGAAAUUGAUACCGAUGCUAUAAUCUCAGUUUUGUGGAGUAUCUCAAGAACUCCUUUCUUGAGCCCAGUGGACACAGUCGUCAUUAACAAAAGUCUGGUUUGCUUUUGGAUUGGUCGUUUUUUAUUGGAAGAUGUCAUCACCAUAGAGAUUUCUCGGUUUCUAUUAAAAUGGAGAGAAAAGCUUCCUGAGAAUUGCAAGGAUCUUGUGUCACUAGAUAUCCUAAAGGGAUUCUAUUUUUAUACAGGCGCCGACAUGAUACAGUAUUUUUCUUCCUCUCAGCUACCUCGGGACCCUACUCGCUGUUUUCAAGUUUUAUUUCAAGCCAAAUCCAAAUGGCUAUAUGACGAAAUAUGGCCGUUUGUUGAAACUUUAGCGGUAGACAAAAGCAAAGUAGAAGCUCUACUUUUAAAAUAUGGCAGAAAGCAAGUUACGAAAAACGGUGUGUAUAUAAAUAGUAGAAGUACUUGGUAA